ACAACCACCGCUUCGCCUCUCGUCUCCGCAUUCGGUUGAAAAACCAUCGCUUCUCUGUUGCGACACGUUUUUUUUUUCCCGCCUCCAAGCAGCAAAGUUGCCCGCGAUGGAGUCGAAGCGAGAGAAGGACCAAGACGCAGACUGUGAGAAGAUCACCGCCGCGCUGCUCAAGUCACGAACGGGAGAGUUUGACUUGGAGUCGAUACUGUUCCUCAAAUUGCGAGGUCUUGGAAUACAUGACCUUGGAUGCAUUGGGGAGUGUGUAAAUUUGGAGAGACUGGACCUCUCUGGAAAUAAUAUCACCAAUUUGGCUCCUUUCGCGUCUCUCCGGCUUCUUUCUGUGCUCAAUUUGUCUGCAAACAGGAUUUCCAAUAUAGAGCCACUGCGCAGUUGUGACAGUUUACAGAACUUAAACUUGGCUGGGAACAUCAUAUCCAGCAUUGAGAACCUACACUGCCUUCAGCCUUUGAGAAAGCUAGAAAGUAUACGUCUUAAAGACAACACUUAUAAUUACACUAAUCCAGUCUGCAGGAACACAUCAUAUAGAACCAUAGUCCUGGACAUGUUCUCCAACAUUAAGGUGCUGGAUGGGGAAAGAGUGGUCGGCCGUGGCAGUGACUUGUACCAGUUAUGCAAAGACAUUGAUGAUACCAUCAAAGCUGGUUUAUACAAGAAUGGACAGCUUGUUGAACAUCCUGAUUGCAAGCCAUGGGUUGAAGACAAUUACUGGGACAUAAAGAGAUCAAACAAUGCCAUUAUUGAAGAAGCCUACAAGCAGUUUAAUGAUGUUCUCCAUGAAUGCAGACUCCUCAACAACAGAGCCACGCAUGUAAUUUCACAAACCGAAAGAUCAAUGAGCCUGAAGAAGCAGCCAAAGCAGUACGCCAUCUAAGUUGAGCACAUUUAUGUGCAGCAUUCAACAACUUUUUGCUGUAUGAAAUACUAUGUCUGAUGUACUGUAGUUUUUUUUCAAAUUAUUAAGCCGUAUCCAAAUGCUUGAUAAGUAUUUUUUGCCAGACACAUGCUCUGUGUUGCAGUGCAGGCAUUAGUGGAACUGUUAUCGCAUCCUAUGCAUCGGGUAUUGGACACAAGUGGUUUGAAAACCUUUAUCCAUGCUGACACCCCUCAGUUUGGUUCAAAGAGGUCUAUACUUGCACAGUGUGCAUUUUGUACCAUGUUGUAGCCCGCAUUUAUGCUGAGAGCUAUAUGCUGCUUAAGAAUUUCUAUAAGUUUUCAGUAAUUAAGAGCUCUUUUCCAUUUUGCAUUGCUGGAUAGGUUUGGGAGUUAAUGUGUCCCAUGCUAUAUGCUUUCUUUGUAUGUUGAACUUUUGCAAAAAGUGAAUGAAUGAUUGUUUUAGCCGUUUCUACUUGUUUUAUACCAUAAAGUUUAUUAUGUGUACGACCAACUUGUUGAAAAUUCAGUGCUUAUAAAGGUGUAAACGUGUACUUCAUGGCUUUGAUUUUUGCUCAGAUUUACAAUGUUAGUAAUACUGUUUACACAUCCAGAGCCAAAGAAAAUGUGUAUUAAUAAAUCUGUCUUAAAUAAGCCA